CUCGACAAUCCGGCAAUCAUCAGCCUGCGCCAGCAGCUUGGCAAUGCCAUGCCCUCUGCAAUCGCGGACACCUGACUGAGCUAGAGCGUCGUAGGAGCACAUUGGCGUCCACUCCAGAACCCGCAGCAGCCAUGCCGCCGAACGACGGCUUAGUGCGAGGCUCGAUGCGACAGCAAGCCGCAGCAGGCGACAGGCCCCGCGCUCGACCGGACACAAAAGAUGGCGGUUACGACUUAAAUUCAGCACUGUCCGACGUCGAGGAGGCUGACCUCAACUCUCCGCUCGACUCGCCGGCGGUGACCCGACACUCAAUCCCUGAGCCCGGGCUUGGCACUCCAUCAUCCGGGCCGAACGACCCGCAGGACUCCGGGUCGGCCGGCAAGUCUGUGUCCGAAGUCUUGAUGGAGCUCUACACCAUCUCCUAUCUCGUCCUAUUUGCCAUAUGUGGAGCCAAGCACCUAAUGGUACAAUGCAAUUACCACCAAGCAGGUGACUAAGCAGUUGGAGCUCAUUGAGAGCAUAUAAAUGGCACUUUUGGGCUUUGGCACUCGUUUUCAUUGUUUUCUUCUUUUUGUAGGCAACUCUAUAAGUAGCACUCAGUACCCCCAAUAUAUAUGCUCUGCGAGCACUCAACCA